GGGCGCCGUCACGGAGCCGGUCGGCCCCAGGGCAGCGAGCGGCCGCUUCUGGGCCGUCACCCUGGGGGCAGCGGUUGGGCUUUUCCUCCUCGGGUUCCUCAUCGGCUGGUUUGCAAAACCUGUAGAAGAGAAGACACCUUUAAGACCUCAUGUGGAGAUGAAGGCGGCAUUUAUGGCUGAGAUGAAAGCUGAAAACAUCAAGCACUUUCUUUUCAAUUUUACACAGCGUCCUCACCUUGCAGGAACAAAGGAGAAUCUCCAUCUGGCUCAGCAGGUUCAAGCUGACUGGAAGGAGUUUGGUUUGGAUUCUGUUCAGUUGGUUCAUUAUGAUGUCCUGCUCUCUUAUCCUGAUGAAAAUAAACCAAAUUACAUCUCAAUAAUUGAUGAGCGUGGAAAUGAGGUGUUCAACACAUCAUUGUCAGAGCCGCCUCCUGCAGGGUAUGAGGCAGUAGGAGAUGUGGUGCCACCCUACAGUGCAUUUUCAGCCCAAGGAAUGCCUGAGGGUGAGUUAGUGUAUGUCAAUUAUGGCCGCACCGAGGACUUCUUUAAGCUAGAACGUGAAAUGGGAAUUAACUGUACAGGAAAGAUUGUUAUUGCCAGAUAUGGGAAGAUCUUCAGAGGAAAUAAGGUGAAGAAUGCUGAGCUGGCAGGUGCCAAGGGAAUUAUUCUGUACUCGGACCCUGCUGACUACUGUGCUCCAGGAGUAGAUCCGUAUCCAAAUGGCUGGAACCUUCCAGGUGGAGGAGCUCAGCGUGGAAAUGUAUUAAACCUGAACGGUGCAGGAGAUCCUCUGACCCCAGGCUAUCCUGCAAAAGAAUACACCUACCGCUUAGACAAAGCCAGUGCUGUAGGUCUCCCAAAAAUUCCAGUUCAUCCCAUUGGCUACCAUGAUGCAGAGUCAUUACUGAGUAAUAUGGGAGGAUCUGCAGCACCACAUAGUAGCUGGAAAGGAAAUUUGAAUGUGUCUUACAAUGUUGGUCCUGGUUUCACAACAAAUUAUUCUACAAGAAGGGUAAAAAUGCACAUUCAUAGCAACAACAAAAUAACAAGAAUUUACAAUGUGAUUGGUACCAUCAGAGGCACAGUGGAACCAGAUAGAUAUGUCAUCCUGGGAGGCCACCGUGACUCAUGGGUAUUUGGUGGCAUUGAUCCUCAGAGUGGAGCAGCUGUGGUUCAUGAGAUUGUGAGGAGCUUUGGAAAACUGAAAAAAGAAGGAUGGAGGCCACGGAGAACAGUGAUAUUUGCAAGCUGGGAUGCAGAGGAGUUUGGCUUGUUAGGAUCAACAGAGUGGGCUGAGGAAAAUGCCAAACUGUUGCAGUCACGAGGAGUGGCUUAUAUCAAUGCAGAUUCUUCCAUUGAAGGAAACUAUACGCUAAGAGUGGAUUGCACACCACUGAUGUACAAACUGGUGUACAGUGUAACUAAAGAGAUACCAAGUCCUGAUGAAGGGUUUGAAGGAAAAUCUCUUUAUGAGAGCUGGUAUAAAAAAAAUCCAUCAACAGAAUAUAAAGAGGUCCCCAGAAUAAAUAAACUGGGUUCUGGCAAUGACUUCGAGGUCUUUUUUCAACGUCUUGGCAUCGCUUCAGGCAGAGCACGUUACAGUAAAAACUGGAAUGUAGAAAAAUAUAGCAGCUAUCCAGUUUACCACAGUGUGUAUGAAACCUAUGAAAUUGUGGAAAGAUUUUAUGAUCCCUCUUUCAAGAAUCAUCUGACAGUAGCUCAGGUACGGGGAGGGUUGGUGUUUGAAUUGGCCAACUCUAUUCUGCUUCCUUUUGACUGUAGAGAUUAUGCAUCGGCUCUGAGCAGCUAUGCUCAUGUCAUCUAUAACAUGUCAAGGAAUCAUGAGGAAGAACUGGCAGCAUACAAUGUAUCCUUUGAUGCUCUCUUUUCAGCUGUGAAGAAUUUUACAGAAGUUGCUGAUAGCUUUCAUGAUAGACUGCAACAAAUAGAUAUCAACAACCUGCUUGCUGUUAGAUCGUUAAAUGAUCAAGUCAUGUUUCUAGAAAGGGCUUUCAUCGAUCCACUUGGUUUACCUGGAAGGCCAUUUUACAGACAUGUUAUCUUUGCUCCAAGCAGCCAUAACAAGUAUGCAGGAGAAUCAUUCCCAGGGAUCUAUGAUGCCAUGUUUGACAUUAAAAACAAAGCUGAUCAAGAUGAAGCCUGGAAAGAAGUUAAGAGGCAGAUCUCCAUUGCAGCCUUCACUGUACAGGCAGCAGCAGGAACACUCAAAGAAGUAGCAUAAAUAUCUGCAUUAUCAUCAAUGAAGACCAUGUUUAACAGUGUGCAGAAGCCUCAAAACCAGAACAUUUGAAAACACCAAGACAAUUACUAGAAGUGCCACAAAACCCAAAAACAGUCUUGUUCUUUCUAAUUAUUAUAACCAAGUGGAAUGCACUUAGCAGUGUUAACAAGGUAAUUAUGUAUUAUAUAAAUUCUGUAUAAUGGAUGCAUUAUAUAAAUUCUGAAGUGAAAGUCUGCAUUAAAAAACACAUAUUUUCUCUGCUUCAUAUUUUAAGAAUCUCUAGCCAAGGGAUUUAUUUUCAGAGCUUUCAAUUCUGCUUGCUUAAUUUUGUAUCUUUGUAUUUUUUACCUUUGAGUUGCAGAUUUGUACUGUGUGACUGUCUUCUCGCUUUCCUUUUACAUGAAGAUUCACAUAGAAAGAUGGGAAAACUGUCCCAUACUGUGUGAAGAAUGUAUUAGGAUCAUAACAAAUUUUGAGCUGCCAGCCCAAAAUACUCAUACCUAUGUUGUAUUAUCUUGGCCAUAUCAUAGCAUUCUUAAUAUUAAGACAAUUCAUCAUGUCUCUUGUGUGAAAGUUUACUAAAUUAUUAAAACCACCGUAGAACCUGUA